CCCAUCACCUCAUCGACCCUUCUUUUCCUCAUUCUCCAUCAUUCCUCGUUCCUCAUCCCCCACAGGACAAUGUCUCCAUCCCAGCAGCCUGACUCAUCUGCUCCUUCCUUACUGGCCCAUAUCUCGAACGAGACCGCUUGCUCCAGCUAUCUCGCAGAGCUGGUCAGUGAGCUGCCCCUGGCGUCAUCCCAAUUCGGCAUAGUCCUUAGCACGGCCCUAGGAAACAGAGAGAACCCAAGCAAUAGGGCACGUCUUGGCAAGGAGGAAAACGUGCUGGACGUGUUUUUCUGUGUCAACGAUAUCUGGCGACAACCGCUGGAAUCUCUUCCCGGGAAGCUGAUCAGGAUUGGCAAUCGCGCUGUUAAGUUUGUGAUCUCGGAGGAGGAGCUCCUGAAACAAGAGUCAGAGGUUCAGCAGAGAUGCCAGCAACUGGAGCAAAAACAGGGACUGGUCCUCGAAUCCAUGAAGGAAAGUGAUGUUCAGUUGAUGAUCACACUGAACAAAGUCUCAUACAGUGAAGAGUACGGCAAGCACAUUAUUAGACACUCGCGCUGUUUCCGAGAUAAGGAUGGAAACAUGGUCGCUUGGGCAGGAACCCAUGGGGAUUUUUCCAUCGCGGCAUUGCACGUUAUGCCAGAAUACCGCAAGAUGGGUCUUGGGCGUUUGGUGCUCAAUGCUCUCGCAUUGGUUCAUGUGCGUCUCGCUCACGAGAUCUUGACCACACUUGGCGGCAAGAGCAACGGCGAUAUUUCGCCCUCGACACUUUAUGCACAUGCGGACUGUUUGGAGGAUAAUCUUCCUACAAUGCUUUUUAUGGAACGCUGUGGAUGGCGUCGUAUUGGCAACUACCUCUGGCUUGGGAUGUAUAACAAGGAUGCUCCUGAGCCCGUAUGGAAGUAAGCACUCGCAUUAGAGCUUGCAUAUUUAAAGGAACCGCUUUGAAUAAAAGUAUCACCCACCAUAUCCUCCCAUAAUAAAGGAAGGUCCCUGACGAAAAGAUGAAGAACAUGCGUAGCUCUAUUCCCCCUUGAACACGAAUUUCUAGUGCAACACCGAUUUUAUUUCCUCUGUGUUCCAUCGCUCUUCGUAGCGGGUUUCAUGCACAGCAUCACAUUCCUCGAUUUACCGGGCCUUGAG